AAGCGCAUGCAACUCUUUUCGUUACACCACUCAAGCGCCGCCCUUGCCGUUACUAUGGAAACGUAGAAAGCCGAUCUAAGGAUUACAGACAUGCUUUUAGCUUAAUGCUGGUUACUGUAUAUUGUAUUAGAGACAGCACCUUUUUGGAAACUCCUACAGCACAGCUAGCGGUUAAAAUGAAAGCUAGCAUGUCGUCAGGUCCCAUGGAGAUGAAAGACAGUGCCAUGUCCAGUUCCAAAUGGCUUGAUGCACACUAUGAUCCGGUUGCCAAUUUAUACACUUUUUCUUCAUGCAUCACUCUGGCAGACCUGCAUGGAGAUGGUGAGAACAAGCUGGUGGUGGGUGAUCUGGGCACAGGAGUAUGCAACAUGAAGCUGAAGGUGUAUCGUGGCACUGGGCUGCUCAGUGAGAAUACUCUGCUGGACUUACCCACCGGUCUGGUGUCUUUCCUCAUGGACCAACAUGAGCCUCGUACCCCAGCUAUCGCUGUAGCCUCGGGCCCCUUCAUCUACAUCUACAAGAACCUGCGGCCCUAUUUCAAGUUCACGCUGCCCACCCUGGAAGUCAACCCUCUGGAGCAGGAUGUGUGGAAUCAGGCCAGAGGGGAUAUGAUUGACCCAAUGACCCUGAAAGAAAUGUUAGAGAGUAUAAGAGAUAAGGCUGAUAUCCCCCUAACAGUCAGAUCAUUACGGUUUCUCAUGCUUGAACCUCAGGAAAUGGAGUCUUAUGUUAACCUCCACAAAGACCAGCCCAUACGCAGACAGACGGUGAUUACGUGCAUAGGGACACUGAAGAAGAACAUGGCGGAUGAUGAUGCAGUCAGCUGUCUGGUUAUCGGCACCGAAAGCCAAGAAGUUUAUAUUCUGGACCCUGAAGCUUUCACCAUUCUUUCAAAGAUGUCCCUUCCCAGUGUCCCUACACUCAUGGAUGUGACUGGUCAGUACGACAUAGAGUUCAGAAUCAUUGUAGCCUGUCGCAAUGGGAACAUCUAUAUAUUGCGCAGGGACUCGCAGAAGCCCAAGUAUUGUAUUGAGCUAUCGUCUCAUCCAGUUGGGCUGGUCAGGAUGGGAAAGAAUGUGGUGGUGGGCUGCGCUCAGGAGACUAUGCAGAGUUUCACUCAGAAGGGGAAGAAGCUGUGGACGACUUACCUGCCUGCUCCAGUCACCACUAUGGCCCUUCUGGACCUGCCCACACGGGGCUUCCAGGCCAUGCUGGUGGCCCUGGCCAACUGUGAGGUCCAUGUGUACCGGGACAAGAAUGUUGUCAGCACCAUCAAAACACCGGACGUGGUGACCAGCAUUUGUUUUGGCCGUUAUGGUCGUGAAGACGGCACUCUUAUAAUGACUACCAAAGGAGGGGGUCUCAUCAUUAAGAUCCUGAAGAGGACAGCUGUAUUUGAUGACAGAGACUCCAUUUCUGGUCCUCCGUUAGCCCAGAGCAUCCGACUUAAUGUGCCCAAGAAAACCAAGCUUUAUGUGGACCAGACCAUGAGAGAAAGAGAGAAUGCUGUGGCUAUGCACAGAGCCUUCCAAAUGGACCUGAGCAGGCUGCGACUAGCUGCAGCCAGGGCCUAUGUCAAAGCACUUGAGUCCAGCAUGACUCCUAUCUCAGCCAGCCUGACGGAACCUCUAAAGAUGAAUGCAGUGGUUCAAGGCUUAGGCCCAUCAUUUAAACUAACUCUGAACAUCCAGAACACAGCAUCAUGCCGGCCUGUAAUGAACCUCGCCGUUAGUUUCCUUUACGAUGAGAAAUUGUACAGCAUGAGGACAGCUUUUUUUAAGAUCCCCCUACUAGUUCCAGGGCUGAAUUACCCCAUUGACACCUUCGUGGAGUGUCUGAGUGAUAAAGGGAUUUCAGACAUCAUCAAAGUGUUUGUGUUGAGAGAAGGGAAGAGCACCCCGCUCCUCACCGCACACAUUAACAUGCCUGUGAGUGAAGGACUGGCACUCAGCUAGGAGACAAAGACAAGAUGGCUGAAUGAGAGCAUCGCUGUGUACAUGUAGAGGCAGGGCUUAGCCAUUAUGCCACUGAGACUGAAGAGCUGCUCACUGCAGGGGAUCAGAGAAGCUUGUGCUGACCGUAGAAGCUGAACUUUAGGUCGAAUCAUAAAGAGGAGUUUUUAUGUGAUUGCUGCAAUCACAGGUGUUUUUAUUGUAAAAGGACACAUAGUUUGGUGUGUGUGUGGUUUUGUGUAUGUGUACAUACAAUUG